AUGAAGCUUUUCCCCAUCCUAUCCUCCACAGCUCUCUUCCUCAGUGGAGUGCACGCCAUAGCGGCAGGACCAUCCACACGAGAAGCCAUAACCGACACCCUCCUCACCUUCUACCGCUCCCUCGACCUCAAAAGCGAAUCCCUCCUCCGCUCAACAACCACCCCCGACCUCGUCUUCGACGGCACAGCCUUCGCCUCCAUCGGGGUCGGCGCGCCAGAUCCGAUGGUCGGGCAAGAUGUUAUUGCCCCGGCCCUCAUAGCCUCCCUCCCGAUGACCACAUCGCACAAUCUCGCCAACCUGCGCGUUGUCUUCCAUCUUGAAGGUGCAAAGGCGAACGUCACAGCGUACGUGCUAGCGUACCAUUAUAAGCUUCUCUCCGAGCCGGCGGAGAGUACGAGCAAUGUUUAUCUGAUGAGUAACUUUGUGGAGGGGCUUGCAAGGAGGGAGAGUGGGGUGUGGAAGCUGGAGAGGGUGAGGCUGGAGCCGUUCUUUCAGAGUGGGAAUUUGGAGGUUAUGGGGUUGGGAGCUUGA